GCAAAAUAGGCGGAAAUCGGCAAUCACAGGGGCUCGGGCGACGUACACACGACUUUCGGGCUUGUUUAGACAGCGGUAGCUCAUUUGUGACGGACGUCUGGGACAGCUAUGAGCCUAUUCAUACCGAGAUAACUUCGAUCGGACGCUUGAUGGGACGCAAAAUGUCGGGGAAAGGCAGCGACAAGCAUGACUCCCCCCAAGGCCAACAGUCCACGCUGGGGAACAAGAUCCGCAGUGGUGUGGGGAAGGGGGUGGAGGCCAUCCAGAGGAAGAUCACCCUCAGUAAGUCCCAGUCCAGCCUGGGCAAGCUGCACGUCCGCCGCAAGAGCAGCGACGAGGGCAGCGAUGGGACACAGAAACCACAGGUGGAGAAGGACGUGGACAAGUUGCACCUGUCCCAGAAGGUGGUGAUCAACGCCCUGACGUACCUGGAGGCCGUGGUGGAUAAGAACAUCCUGGAGAACGUGCCUGCCACGGCCAGCGAGGUGCUGCAGACUGUCAUGGAGCUGUACAGCACGCUCAACUCAUGUCUCAUCAAGGAACAGAGUUCUGUGAUCAUGUCGUGCCAUAACCAAGUGUACCAGAGCCUGGCCAACCUGAUCCGCUGGUCUGACCAGGUGCUGCUGGAGGAGGGAGAGAUCUCCAACAAGGAGGCCGCCAACGAGGUCAUCCAUGCCGUGGUGGACGGAGUCAAGGAACUGGUACAGUUGUCUAUCGAGAGAUUACAGGACAAGUCCAUGCCACGCUCCAGGUCUACAACAGAAGUCUCCCCUACCAAGGCUAUGAGGUCAGUACAAUGGCAGUGUGUAGGAGCUCCUACAGUGUAUGACUCAUCCUGA